CAAGUAUUCUGCUUUGCGGUACACAGAGGAUGUUUGAAGACACCGAGAGUCGACCGUCUAGCCCUGACAAUGCUCUCGUCGCACUUACGAACUUCGACUCGGACUGGCAUCCUAUCUUUCAUGCGUCCAACCAAGUAGUCCUCUAUAAUCCUACCUCGCAUGCCCUUUCGAUUCGGAAAGCGUCCCAUGUUCCACACGCGACCAACUGCCCCUACUGUAACCGGCCCUUUCCCCAGUCUUUCCAGCGAGAGGAGGAGGACGCAGACGACCAUGUCGACAUAUCUAACGACCACGCACACGUAUCUAAUUACUUCCAGCUGCUGGCUGUGUCUAAUGAAGCCUCUUUUCGACCUUCUUCGCCACCCAGCCUUGCUUCGCCGCCCUCCUCUCAGCCAUCUACCCAACCAUCAAGCAGGCCGGAGAGUAGGAAUGGUGCAAGGAGGAGAAGGAGCCGUAGUACGAGCAGAACGACCUCACAAGAUGGAUUUGGGCCCGCCGCCAUGGCGCAAGGCUAUUUUGCUCGCUUCUUCAAAGAGGAAUGCAGACUUGGAAUGGGUGCCAAUGGCACCGUAUAUUUGUGCCAGCAUAUCCUAGACAAUAACCCCCUAGGCCAUUUCGCCGUGAAGAAGAUCGCCGUAGGCGACUCCCACAGCUACCUGCUCAACAUCCUGCAGGAAAUCCGCCUCCUCGAGCGCCUCCACCACCCGAACAUCAUCACCUACCACCAUGCCUGGCUCGAGAUGGCACGAUUCUCGACAUUCGGCAUGGAGGUGCCUACGCUACACGUGCUGAUGCAGUACGCGAGUGGCGGGUCACUAGACGACUUCAUCUCCGCGCGUCUCGGCGAUAAAGAGCAGUCCUCGUCGGGCCAGCCCUCGGCUGCCGCCUCCCGCUCUGCCCGGAUUCGGGCGUUCAGAGAGCGGCAGAAGGCCGCGCGCUCUCAUCAGGGUCAGAACGACGCACAAACUCAUGGGCACGGUGCGUGGAAGGCCGUGCAUUUGUUGAGCGCCGAGGAGGUGCGGAGAUUAUUUGGCGACGUCGUGGAAGGUCUAGGGUUCUUGCAUAACAGAUCUAUUUUGCAUCUCGACCUGAAACCAGGGAAUGUCCUCCUCACCUACGACGAUGGGCAAUUGAUACCCCGAGCAAUGCUCUCGGACUUUGGCACGUCGCGCGAUAUGCUGCACUCUAAAGCCCGCUCAGGAAACACUGGAACGCUGGAGUACUCCUCUCCCGAGUCCCUCCCGUCGCCGCAGACCGGCCUGCUGCGCGACAUCGACUCAAAAUCAGAUAUGUGGUCCCUCGGGAUGCUGCUAUAUAAAAUGCUCUUCUUCCGCCUACCCUAUCGUUACGAGGAAGGGCGUCUCGAUAUCCUCGAGAAGGAGAUCCAGGGUUUCCCUGGGUUCCGGUCCAACUCAGAGAUGGUGAAAGCAUUCGAGUCUAGGCGCCUUCCGCGGGCGUAUCUGUAUUUACUGGAGAAACUACUGAGUCCGAAGCCAUCUGCGAGACCAUCUUGCGACAAGAUCCUCAGUGCCAUUCGUGAGGGACGAUUCGAUCCGUCACACGCAGAUCCGGAUUUACCUGGUCCGUCCUCCCUCGUUCCUGCUCACCGGCGCCCUGGAGCAGGCCCAGCUUCGGGUUCUCCUCCCGCGACCGAUGCACAGCAGACAAAUAAGUCAACGGACAGCCGUACCGUUGACGCUCCUAAUUCAUCGAUAACCGACCAGCAUACUGUCUCCGAGAAAGAUAAAGAAUCCGUCUCAGGGGAAGACCACGAGUCGACUCCCCUGUUGGGCUUGCCCCCUGUGGAAGUCGGGCGAUGGGGAAACCUGUGGUUGAGGAUGACCGGAUUAGCACGGAUAACCCCUCCUGCGGCGCUUCGUGGUCGCGUGCCUAGAAUCCUAUUGCAUCGGACGCUGAAGUCCGGUAUUCUGGUGGCCAAGGUUUUGAGCUUUACCUCCUCUUGCCCGAACCCAGGUUCACAUCCGAUUCUUCUCGCAUCUGUCCUGACUUUCGGAAUCAUGGACACUUGGUUUGAUGGAUAUCAGGUGUCAGCAUUUCUGGGUGCAAUGCACGCCAUUAUCUUAUGGCUGAGUUCGAAGCAUUAUUGAGUCGAUUUUGGGAAUGCUC